AUGUUCCGAGAUCACGAUCGUAUCGAUGUAACCGAGCUGGAAACGAACGCGGUAGAAAUGUUGCUGCAAGUUCUGGAGGUGCUAGAUACAGAAUUCGUAUCAUCAAAACAGAACGCGAUGGGCCAAUGCAAAAAAAUGUGCGAAGACUACGAAAAGAGUUGUGAACUUGGCGAGCCUAACACUGCGGUGUACAACACCAUCCAAAGAUUUUAUCGCCAAAUAAUAAACGAUCUCACGGAGAUACAGAAAUUGUGUGCAGAGUACAAAAUCCACGAACAGUUAGACUUGGGUAAGGAGUUAGAUCUGCGUCAGAAACCGGUCGGCUACAAGGAAUACAUCAAAGAUCUGAAGAAAAUUGGUAGAUGCUGGAAACCGCCUGACGAAGAUGAAGGGGAAUCGAUUGGAGAACCUAAAACUUAUCAAGCAUGUAAUUGCAAGUGGACCAACGUCCCGGAAUCCGAAUUAGAACCCACUCAGGAUAUUCUGAAGAGACCGAUCGUACCGCGAAAAACGGCUUUCGAUCUAAGCGAUUUGAGAUUCAAACAGGAAAUGACGGUACUUCGAACGAAAUUGUUCACCUUGCCUGAGAUGAUUCCAAAACGAAGAAGGAUGAGUGGAUUCGAUCGAGCUUCUUCGCUGCUGGCAGGAAUCAAGUCGAUGGGUAGUAAGAUAGAGUUCAAGGAUUCUAUCGAGGAAUCGGCACCGUGGACAAUAGCUAGUGUUGAAGAGGAAGCGGCGAGGAUAGGAAGUUUGAAAUUCGUCGACGGACAAUUUACGCAUUGCGAAUUAUGGAGGAAGCUUCUCGACGUAAGCGGCAAUCAACUCAGAUCAAAAUGGCUUCUGGUACUCUGCCCACAGAUGGAAGCGAGGCUAAAAAAGCAUAUCGUGCCCUCGGCUCACUUCAGUCCCAAAAAAGUCUUCGCUCUGCUCUCUCGGAUCCCCGAAAACGGUUCAAAGUACACCCUGUCAAAGGAGGAGAUGAUCCACAUGCUUCACGACGAAUCGGAGGUAGCCGAAUGGCUCUACGGAUGGAAAGUCCAAUUCAAACUACUCGCCGGAAUACAGAUCGCCGCCACAACGAUACAGCGAUACUGGAGAGGCUACGCGGUUCGGAGGGACAUCCGCAAAUCCGAGUGCAGGUACGUAGCAGCGAGCAUAAUCUGGAUGGCCUGGAUGUGCGUGAAAAAACGACGAGACAUGCAUGCAAAGUACUUGAAAAAGAUGUUGGUGACGCUGAACGAGACUGAAGAACUUAACGCGAAACUGGCUGCUGACUAUUACGAAAUAGUGAAAGAGGCACACGUGGUAAUCCACUUGCCAUCCAUCGGUCAUCCGCCUGACGUGAGAAACUCAAUAUCACCGCCGAUAUUCCGCAUAUAUCAGAACAUCCUGGCGCUGAAGAUGUCGUUUCUGAAAAACCGUCACGCCGAGGUGAUUUACAUCCUGCCCGUGGAGCCCUCGGACAGUCUUCUUCGAAUGUAUUUUGACAUACUAGAAUCCGUUAGGCCAAACGAAGGUAUACAGAACCGCGUGACUUUCCUCGCGUUGUCAAUGAGGCGGGCCUUCGAUCAGUGCUCGUUCAAUACCGCGAGGACUUUGUACUACUCGAACACCACCGUGACUGCUCUGAAGCAGGCGAUCGCUGGAAAACCUGCCUACCUUUUGCCCUGGGUCAUGGACGAGUGCGACGUGUGGGCCGCUGGUACCCUUCGCGUGCCUUGGCUCGGUUCGUCCAUGAGCCUCCAGUCGCGGCUGUUUAACAAAUCGGCGAACGCUGAGCUCUUGACGAGUUUGGGUAUCGAUCAGCCCCCUUACAGUCCGUACGUAAAGGACUACACGACCCUCUGCACGAAGCUGGCGGAUCUGAUCUGCAUGCACAGCGAAGUCUGCUUGUGGCUGAUAAAGCUGAACGUUGGUAUCGACGGAAAUCAGACGGGAGUUUUCUUGAUCAAUAAUGUAAGCGUGCCGUUCAUGCUCGAGCUUAGAAACGAGCGAAUGAAGUGCGGCGAAGCCUGGACCACUACCGAGGAGCUGAGGAAACCCUACCUCGAUCUACUUCUCGAACAUCUGCCCAAGGUCGUUUUCACAUUGACCAGAUUGGCCCCGAACUACAAAUGCUGGAAAGACUUUUACGGCAGUCUGACCAAACAUGGAUGUCUUCUUCAAGCUGUUCCUGACAAAAAGACUUACUCCAUACUCAGCGCUGCCAUUUUUAUCCCGGGACUUCAGUCUCGCCGAAAACCUGUUUGGGUUGGAACCGCGGAUCAAAUGCACCUGGAAACCCAGUUCACGGCUUUCGGUUUCAUGAUACCGCAGACUUCUUUUCCCCACGAAAAACUUCGAACGGUUGUCACGACUCUCGCCGAAGCGUUGCAAGAAAUGGGGUACUUCGGAUACGCGAGUUUCGACCUAUUUUGCUACGUUCGAAAGUUCGAUGACGUUCCUGUAGCUUUGAUCCUUGAUCUCGAUGCCUAUUACGGGAAGGUUCACAACUUUCUGGACUGGUUCUCAUUCACGAUUAACGGGAAGUAUGAUCCCGAGAAAAAUAUCUUCCAAAGCGACGUUAACGUGUCCUCUCAGGCUCGGAAGAAAUUUCGACAUCCACAGUCGCGAAUUGUUCUCUGGGACGAAACGAAGGAAAGAUUCGGUAUCGCUAUGGGACGGCUUCAUCAUACUGAACUUUAUCGCCAUCGGUGGCCGAAGUUAUAUUAUUUUUGCAAAAAAUGCAAGGUACGCGCCAUUCGAUCUUUUACAUUGCCGUUCUCUUCUUCCUUCACCACAAGGUUGUUAGCUUCAGAGACAAGUCCCUCUUCCAGAUCACCUACGACGCGAAAACGAGAGUUGGAUCGCACGUUCUUUUCCACGACGGAGAAAGUCGCGCUCACGUAA